AGAACAACAGUGCUAUAACGUUCAGGUACAUGUAAUGUAGUGGCAAUGCAGGAAACAGCCUCGCAGGAUGUUACCACUGGAUGUUAAGCACCGCUGGAUGUUUGUAGCAGUCCUGCUCUAUGGGUUAUACAUCAAGAACAGCGUCAGCCCAGAACCUUGCAGUCUCCAAAAUACCCUGUUUGUUAGUUUCAAAACGGUAGACGAACAAAUCCCAUCUGAGGUUGGUGAGCUGAAAUUAUGUUUCCGAAUGCACCGAGGAGAGGAUCCAGAUUGUUGUGUAGAAGACUUCAACUGCACCUUUAACAUAACUGGCACACGAGGAAACUACAGCCUGGUUCUGAAUGAAGACAUUUUUUCCAACCAAGAUAUUGUUGUGAUAACUGUAAAUCAUAACUAUACAUGUAUGCCGCCGGAGACCAACAUCACAUAUUUAGACAUUCACAAGUGCUUGGGAACAGGGGAAGAUAUUCAUUUGAGAAAACACAACUUCUCUGGAAAUGUGUCAUCAUGUGAUGGAAAAGUUUGCAAAGGUGCAGCAGAAACAGACGAGUACAAGAUCACAGUGGUUGAUACAAAUAUAAUCUAUUGUAAGUUAUGUAAGCAAGAUGAAAGUCCACAAACUUCUACUGCCAAGCCAAGCGUUUCUACUACCAAGCCAAGCGUUUCUACUACCAAGCCAAGCGUUUCUACUACCGAGCCAAGCGUUUCUACUACCGAGCCAAGCGUUUCUACUACCGAGCCAAGCGUUUCUACUACCGAGCCAAGCGUUUCUACUACCGAGCCAAGCGUUUCUACUACCGAGCCACGCGUUUCUACUACCGAGCCAAGCGUUUCUACUACCGAGCCAAGCGUUUCUACUACCGAGCCAAGCGUUUCUACUACCAAGCCAAGCGUUUCUACUACCAAGCCAAGCGUUUCUACUACCAAGCCAAGCGUUUCUACUACCGAUCCAAGCGUUUCUACUACCGAGCCAACCGUUUCUACUACCAAGCCAAGCGUUUCUACUACCGAGCCAAGCGUUUCUACUACCAAGCCAAGCGUUUCUACUACCGAGCCAAUUAUCCAGACAGACACUUCUAUGAUUCUGCCUGCCCCUCCAAACAACAGCCCGGAAACUGCAGCAAAUGUCAUGAAUAAUCUCUCCUCCCUGGUGGAUAACAUGGGCAACUCCAGCAUAGCAUCCAUCCGAAUGGGCAACAUUACCGGAGUGAUCGCCAGGCUACCCAAAGAAAACCAAACCGAACUCAACUUUGGCGUUUCAGCAAGUGGAGAUAUGCACAUGCUUAAGAAUAACAACGAUUCGGGGAAAGGCUUCUCUCGGUCCGUGCAAAUCCCCGCAGAGGCGAGUGCCAUGGCAGUGAAAGGAAAUUCUCUUUUCGCCGCGGUUCUACUGUUUCCAGGAAUGUUUGAGGACAACCCCAACAGCACUUAUCUCAACAAUGAGGCGCUGGGAAUUGAAAUGGGAACAGAAAUAUCCAAUCUCUCACACAGCAUAGACAUUCAGUACACUGGUGUGAACAUGACUGGAAGAAUUGGAUCUUGUAGGUCAUGGGAUGGAAAAGGAAAAAAAGUGCACUGGACCCCAGAUGGCUGUAAGACAAAGGAGAAUAAGGGCACCAUCAUGUGCCAGUGCUCUCAUCUAACCUUCUUCGCAAUACUAAUGUCACCUGCACCUACGAACAUCAGCUCUACAGAUUUUAAGUCUCUGACCACCAUCACUUCAAUCGGCUGUGGCCUGUCCAUAGUUUUCUUGACACUCGCUCUCUUCAUGCAUUGUCUAAUCAGGAAAGGGAAAGCAAGCCAAGCAACACAGAUUCUCAUAAACCUCUUUGUGGCUUUGAUCACCCUGAACUUGUCCUUCCUGGUAAAUGAGAGUAUUGCAGCCAUGGGAAACUUUGCCGCAUGCGUAACAAUCGCAGCAGUUAUGCACUACACUAUGUUGGCCACCUUUACCUGGUUUUUCAUGCAAGCUCUUCACCUAUACUUCAUUCUGUGGAAGCUUCCCACUGACGUCAAACAUUACAUGAGGAAGAUAAGCGCCGCGGGAUGGGUCACCCCAGCUGUAGUGGUGUUAGCUCUUGUCGCCUCAAGUCAAUACGAUUUCAUCGCCAUUUACACCGAUGAUGGGAAUUCAGCAAAAAUGUGCUGGAUCCCAAAUGCUGUGAUCCACCAGGGGGUGAACAUUGGGUACUACGCUAUAGUGUUCCUCUUCACCUCUGUCAUGUUCAUCGCUACUCUGCGGCAGAUUGUUCUUCUUAAACCGGCAGAGAAGAAACCCAAGGACAGCAGCUCCAUCAGGACCAACUUCUUCUCCAUCCUAGGCCUGUUCCUCCUGUUUGGCAUCACCUGGGCUUUUGCUUUCUUCAGCUACGGACCUAUGCUCACGGCCUCCUACUAUAUCUUCACCAUCCUCAACUCCUUUCAAGGUUUCUUCCUUGCCAUCUACUAUUUCAAGUCCAGUAAGAUUGUUGGAGAAGACAGAAGCUCCAUGUCUUCAACAAACACCAUGAGAAGCACAGCUACAUCAAACACAGUUGUUAAGCCUCCUCAUUGAUAACACAUAUGCUUUUCAAGUGGGGACAGAAAGUGUUUUGGGCCUGAGCUUAUUUUGACACAAGAGGGCAGCAUUUUAUUUGGUAUAGUCAAGCAGAGCCUCUGUCGAAUGGGGUUCUGGUAAAUUGGCAUUUAAACAUUUUGGUAUCCCUGACUUCCCAGCUAAUCUGGAUUACCUUCCUUUAAGAAAAUGAGUCAAGCACUGUCACAGGACAUGGAGUAAUCUCCUGGAAAUCAUUUAGGCGGGUGACUCAUAAGAAGCCCUGUCUUACUCACUGUGAAACAUGCAGUAAAGCUUGUGAUUCACUCAGAAUAUAUUUCCUAAAUCAAAGAUGUAUACACUGGAAUGCAGAGUGCAAAUAAAAAGAAAAGCAUGACUGAUGGGGUUUUCAUAUGGAGCAAAGAUGGGCAAAACGCAGAGAAAAUGAAGCGGAAGUGAAGUGUUGCCUCUCACACUCUGUUGCCUCUCACACACUGUUGGGGGCCGAGCUAGCCUGCUAGCGCUUUGCGUGCCUGCAGAUAAUUACCUUGUGCCUACAGAGAGCAGUAUCCACUGUGCGGGGAGCCUUAACUGGCUAACAAGAAAUGAGCUCAUGGCUACCUAUAGUGAUAAGAGGCCUGAGGGCACGCUACUAUGUUGAAACUAUUCCCUGAAAUAUGGCUGUAGUUAACUUGCGUUUAUACCAUUUUAAUAAGUUAAGUGUAUCUAUGCAAACUGCAAUUAUUUAAUGAAUAAGAGUGAUUGGGAAUUAUGUACUUUUAUAUUAAUCUAUGUUUUGCCUAAAAAGGCUAUACUUGAUGUGAUAAAGAUCUUACAUUUUCAUUUCAUAGUUCAUAGCCAUUCAAUUGUAAAAUAUGAAUCAUGUUAUAUAAUGUUAUUCAAUAUAGAUAUACAGAUGUCUCUUUUCUUUGCUAUUACUUUUUUGUAUAUAUUUAAUGGAAUGUGGCGGAUGCAGCCCUUCAGAAAAAUAUUGAAAUGCUUUUAUGAAUGAAACUGACAUUGUAUGGAGAAAUAAAGUGAAAUAAAGUUAAAGGUAUCUUAAUGGGA